GUUAUUAAGAAUCCAAUGAAUAACAUUUUUUUCCAAAAAAUGACGUUUAUAUGUACUACCGAAAACUUGUCCUGUUGAUUAAAAUUAUAAUUACAUCGUAAAAUUACGCUUCAUUAAACUUUAUUUAAUUAAAAAUUCGACAUUGAAACAUUUCACCAAUUGAAACAAAAAACUUCAUCGAUAAUACCACGCUGUGAUAAGUAUUCCAGCCUUCACAGGUGUCCCAAUGCAGAAACGAGAUUUUGAAUUAGUUUUAAAAAUAAUAUUUCAGUGAAUUUGUUACUUAUAUAACAGUGUUAAGUGGAGUUUAAUCAAUAUGAUAAUGAAAAUUAGGUGGAAAUUAAGUAAUACCCUCAAUGUAUUAUGUGACUCGUCGCUGGUUUUAAUAAGACAAUAGUUAUUUGAAAUAUAUUGGAAUUCCGAGGAGAAAAACAUGAAGAUCGGUCAGAAAAUUUAGUUUUAUGAAGGAUGACUUGAUACAAAUGUACAAUUAUGAAUAAUUAUAUUAUAAUAAUCGAAUGUUAAUUCCUGAAAGUGGAUAUUCCUUGUACGCCAAUGUGAAAAUAUUUCAUAUGUUCGAUGUAAUUUUCACGCAUUCAUAAUAACAUACCAUUCUAGUUACCUGGUAAAAGAGUUAUCGUUUGUUCUCAGCAACUAUGAAAAUUCACAUGAGCAGAACGUUCAUUGUGAACCGAAACGUAAAAGAAAAAUGGUUUGGAAUUCGACACAUUCAGUAUUUAAUGUUAUUUUUUAUCGUUAAUGUAGCGUACGGGAUCAGAUCAAUACUAAGUAUUGCUAUUUUCCCAAUGACAGCUGAAGUUCCUCCACAUAAAGGUAUCCCAACAUAUCCAGAAUGGGUAGAGCACAAAAAUAUAAUACUAUCUUCAUUCUUCUGGGGAUACAUUUGUUUCCAAUUAUUUGCGGGUCAGAUAAUUAAAUAUUACGGGCCCAAAUGGUUUCUCGGGGUAGCGAUAUUUAUAGGAUCUCUAUUUUGUGCUUUGAUACCUCUUAUUGGAGGGCAAAUGGGUUACGGAGGGGUGAUAUUAUGUAGGAUAGUUACAGGAUUAUCCCAAGGAUUUCUUUUUCCUUGUACACAUUCAUUAUUAAGUUCUUGGACGGCGUUGCAGGAUCGAGCGAAAUUUGGAAGUUUCGUUUACGCAGGUGGUAAUUUAGGAAACGUAAUAUCAAUGCCGAUAGCAGGUUUAAUAUCAAAUUCAAGUUUUGGUUGGCCAGCGGUAUUUUACCUCUACGGAAUUUUGGGUAUGGCAUGGACAUUUUUAUGGUUUGCAUUUGGAUCAGACAGUCCUUCUAAACAUAGUAAAAUAACGGAAGAAGAAGUUAGAUAUAUUGAAGAAAAUACUACUACCAACAGUGACGAUUCUGAGAAAGUUAUACCUACUCCAUGGAAGGCAAUAUUAUUAUCGCCGCCAUUUUGGGCAAUUCUGGUGUCUCAUUGCGGUCAAAACUUUGGGUUUUGGACGCUGCUUACCGAGACUCCAUCUUAUUUGCAUCUCAUUCUUGAUUUCGAUCUCAAAUCGAAUAGUACACUGUCGUCGUUGCCUUAUUUAGUCAAUUGGAUUCUAAGCCUUUUAAUUAGUCCAAUAGCCGAUUAUCUAAUUAUCAAAAAAUACGUAACUUUGGGACAAAGUAGAAAAAUAUUCAACAGUAUCGGAUUAUUCAUACCAGCUGCUGCUCUCAUUGCACUAACGUUUGUUGGGAAUACAAAUGCAACCGUAGCCGUAUUAUUAUUAACGUUAGCAGUGGGAUUUAAUUCCGGAAUAUACUCUGGUUACAAUGUAAACCAUAUCGAUAUAUCUCCUAUUCAUGCUGGAACAUUGAUGUCUAUAACAAAUACAGUUUCGAAUAUAUUCUCGCUGAUAUCUCCUUUGGCGGUAGAUGCCGCUGUGUCUAUUACUGGUUAUAAAGAAACUCAAAAGCAGUUGUGGUCGUUCGUUUUUUGGGUGGCCAGCGGAACUUACAUAAUUUGCGGUUGUGUUUACAACGUAUUUGCUUCUGGUGAGGUUCAACCUUGGAAUAAUAUUGUGAAUGAUAGCGAUCUAGAUAAUACCAAAGAAGAAAAAUCCUCAAAAAUUGAAGAAAUACAAAUGGAAAAGACAAAAACGUGAAAUUUUCAUUGUGAUUCUAUUAUUAUUGAUAUAUUUAUAUAUAGAAAAAUUUUUUUAACCAAAUGAAUUGAAAAAUAAAAAAAAGUUGAAUAAUUUGGAAAAUUUUUUAGUUUAGAACUGUUUAUGCAUGUUGAACUUGAAUUAGACCAUCGAUAAACUUGUCUUUUUAUAUUUUUGUUGUUUUUAAUAAAAGGAGUACUGAAAAA